CUGGGUGUUACACUGAAAACAGGAAUAGAAUAUUUGAACUCACACUAGUCUUCGUCCGCGCACACUGAAAACCCCAAACCCAUUGCCAACUUCACUUCCCCGCUGUUUUCGUCCGCCAUGUGAGCUUCCUAAAACCUCUUCUUUCAAUGCCUCCGCUUUCCAGCCCUCCAUUCCACCGAAAUCUCCGUUACAUAUUACUCAUGCAAUCCUCUCGUCAUCUCCUAGAGCUCUUCUCCAGCGCCUCAAUAACCACGACCGCCUUCUUCUACCGACCCAUUCAACUUCACUCUUAUCCCGUCCUCUCUGUAAAUCCAGGAAGAAACACCUCUAGAUUUGUUUCGUUCUCCAUAAAAGCCCCCGGAUUUCGCUCUUAUACCCCCUAUUCAUCCUCCGGAGCUGUUCGUGUGGAGCCAAGAGAAGGCGAGGCGGUUAGAGUUGAGAGACUUGAAAAGCUGCAAGAGAAGUUGGCUGAAAUAGGAAUUCCUUGCGACCCCUUCAAAACUGGACAGUAUAUGCACGCAAUUUGUCCGCAGUGCGAUGGAGGAGAUUCAAAAGAAAGAAGCUUCUCUCUUUUUAUUCGAGAAGAUGGAAAACUUGCGAUGUGGUCAUGCUUCAGAGCUGAUCAAUGUGGUUGGAGGGGUCGUAUUGAGGCUUCUGAGAGUGGAGUUGAAUUUACUGUCAAUCAAAAUGGUGUUUCUACUAUGUCCUUCCAAGAUAAGACACACAGAACAAUCACGGAAAAGGAUCUUCACUUAGAGCCUUUAUGUUCAGAGAUCAUUGCAUAUUUCAAUGGAAGAAGCAUAUCAGCCGAGACACUACGAAGAAAUGCUGUCAUGCAGCGUAGAGUUCUUAAUGAGAUUGUUAUUGCUUUUACUUAUAGGCGAAAUGGAAAACUUGUAAGCUGCAAGUAUCGAAAUAUUGAGAAAAAGUUUUCUCAGGAGAAAGGCACUGAAAAAAUAUUUUACGGACUUGAUGAUGUAGUAGCUGGAAGUGAUGUCAUUAUUGUUGAGGGUGAAAUAGACAAGCUUUCUAUGGAAGAAGCUGGCUACAGGAACUGUUUAAGUGUUCCAAAUGGCGCAGUAGCAAAAGUUUCUGAGAAAGUACCCUCUGAAGAGAAGGACAAAGGUUUUCAAUACUUGUGGACAUGCAAGGAAUAUCUCAGUAAGGCACCUCGCAUAAUAUUAGCAACUGAUGCGGAUGGUCCCGGACAAGCACUAGCUGAAGAACUAGCACGGCGCCUUGGUAAAGAAAGAUGCUGGAGAGUCAAGUGGCCAAUGAAAAGUAAUACCGAGGUUUGCAAGGAUGCAAAUGAGGUGCUGAACAUUUUGGGAAAAAAUGCGUUGAAGCAAGUUAUAGAGACAGCUGAAUUGUUUCCCAUAAGGGGUCUAUUUAACUUCAGCAAUUUCUUCACUGAGAUCAAUGAUUAUUAUAAUUGUAAUCAAGGGUUCGAAAUGGGUGUUUCAACAGGAUGGAGAGCAUUGAAUGAUUUAUACAAUGUUGUUCCUGGAGAGUUGACUGUGAUUACAGGUGUUCCUAAUUCUGGAAAGUGCAAUAUCAAUGAAAGUUAUGGCUGGACUUUUGCUCUUUGCUCUAUGGAAAAUAAGGUCCAGGAGCAUGCUAGAAAGCUUUUGGAAAAGCAUAUUAAGAAGCCUUUCUUCAAUAUUAGAUACGGAGAAUCUGUCGAGCGAAUGAGCCCUGCGGAGUUAGAAGAAGGAAAAAAAUGGCUUAGUGAUACAUUUCAUCUUAUUCGGUGUGAUGAUGAUGCUCUUCCAUCCGUUAAUUGGGUUCUAUCAUUGGCUAAAGCUGCAGUUCUAAGAUAUGGUAUACGUGGGCUUGUUAUUGAUCCGUAUAAUGAAUUGGAUCACCAACGAUCUGUUCAUCAGACCGAAACUGAGUAUGUCAGUCAAAUGCUUACUAAAAUCAAACGGUUUGCGCAGCACCAUGCAUGCCACGUGUGGUUUGUUGCACAUCCAAGACAGUUACAAAAUUGGGGAGGCAACCCGCCAAAUUUGUAUGAUAUAAGUGGCAGCGCACAUUUCAUAAACAAGUGUGACAAUGGCAUUAUUGUUCAUCGCAGUCGAGAUGAAAAUGGACCCCUUGAUGGCGUUCAGAUUUACGUAAGAAAGGUUCGGAACAAAGUUAUUGGACGCAUUGGAGAUGCACAAUUAUCAUAUGACAGGGUUACUGGGCGCUUUUCUGAUAUUUGAUGAAGUGGUUCAAUUCAGAAUGAGAUGGGCGCUGUCAAAAAAUGCUCAUCAGAAUUUUCUCAUGAUUAGGAUUAUCCAAUCCUCUAAUCCAUAUGUAGAUCAAAAUUUCAAGAAUAUGCUUAAAUGUUUACAUCUGAUUU